UUCUGUCGGCGGGAUAUUUAGAACUCCGCCACAGCAUUACAGUUGUUAUGCUAGUACCCGGAGACAUUGGUUUUCGGUUGUAAUGACUCCUUUUAAAGGCUCCUCAACCAUUUUACUGUAACAACUCUACGUGCAGUCAUUUUAUAGCUAAAGUAAAUGCGAUGUGAAUAUCUUAUUAAAAUGCAGGGAAUCGUAACCAGGAGCUAGCUAGCUAAAGCUAAUGUUGUGGUUAGCAUUGUAAGAAAGACAUCUCCUGCUGAAAGAGGGACGUCCUGAAAUGGAGAAAAACUAUCCAGUGUUGAAGAGACCAAAGAGGAAGCUCCUCUACUUGCCAAGCAUACAGAAUUCCCGUAAAGAAAAGUGGGGGCCCAAGCUGUCAUUGGGAGACGUGGACAGGAUGUUUGAUGACUUGGAUUGUGUCUCUGACGUUGAGGCACCCCCCUUAUCUUUAACGCCGGAGGAUUGCGAGGAAAGCCAGGACGUGACUUCACCAGCUUCACCAGUCCCGCUGCGUCGAGCAUCAAGACCUGCCAAAUGUCAAACUCCUCCAAGAGAAGCUCAGUUGUCUCCUGCAACACAACCACUGAGUCCCGAAUUGCACAUCCACAUUCCUAUUAAAGGGCAUGGGCCAAUGAAAACCUCCAGCCCCAUUGAAAUGGGCAGGGGGGCUGUGCAGACGGAGAGCAAUGAAAAAGACAAAGACCUGUCGCCUAUCCUCUUUGACUGCCAAGAAGCCGAGGGGAGGACACAGCCUUCGUCUGGCAAGAAGGCGAACGAGGACGUCUCCCAGAAACAUCUCCACUCUGAUUUUGAGUCCCCACCGAGUCUUGUUGUCCUCUGCAAGCACACGUCCAGUCUCAAGAACAGGAUGGGGGAACCACUCCACAAUGAAAGUCCGACAGAAAGGAAAGUGUCACGUCAGUCACCCCGCCAGGAGCCCCGACUCCCCUCUCCUGAGGGGGAGUUGACAGCCGAGACGUCCGUCCAGGUGAAAAAAGACAUGUCUGCUUUUCUGCGGAAGCUUCGAGACGCUGGGCAGCCCAAAGCCACAGUGCUAAAGAAGCCCCUGGCACCAAUGAAUCCCCCCUCUGAACCAGAGGACGAUUUCCUGAUCCUGGAGGACGAAGUGUCUUUUCAUUUCUCCAUCCCCAGUAAAUCUACGACCACACCGCAAAGGAGCAAGAGGUCCAGCAGUGACAAAGACGGCUCGACAGACAAAGGGUCCAAGGGUCGCUCGCCGGAGAGGACGCCAAAGCAGCCGUCGGCAGGUGUGUCUGGUAGAAAGCCUCUCAAAGAUCCGACUGUUGGGCAGAGAGCGACGAAGAGAGAGAAAAGGAAGAAUGCAGCGGGGACUGGAGGAAGCAAGGCUCCAAGCCCCGAUGACAUUCCAGCUGCCGAGACGCUGCCUCGUGAUAUCUCGAGCAAAAAGAAAGCCCACCUGCAGGAGAAAGUGCUGCCCGACACCGCAGAGGACCAUCAGAAGGAGCCCGCCAGGAGACAAACGGAUGACGAGAAAGCCCAGACGUCAUCCAGAGUCAGGAGAUUAAAGUCUUCCAAGCCCAGCAGAGACAAUCUCAAGACCAGCAGGCCAGCUGCAAAAGUGAAAGGAAUUUGCCAGAAGCCGAGCAGCAAGGAACGUGCAGACCUGGGUUCUCCUUCGGAACCCGACAUGAGCCCAGUCCAGGAUUCAACAGCUGGAAAGCCGGAUCAAAACAAACGCUUGGGUUCUGGUGAGAGUUCCCCCGAGGAGGGUCAGGUUCUCGGGAAAAGGAAAAGAAAUCCCCCUGGAGAGUGGUGGUUGAACUGCCCUCAGAACACGGAGCAGCUCAUGGACCCGCCGCCCAGUGUCAAGAAGUCCAAACGGGGGGAAGCCAGCGCUGGCGCACCUUCGCCUGCCAAAGCAGAGAAGCAGCGCCCCUUCAAAAGACCCAGCAAGGUCUCCAAAAAGACCAAGGGUGCAAAAGUCAAGCAGAAGAAUGGACUGCCAAGAGACGCCACGGACGCCAUUGAACUCAACAGAGAUGAAGCAGAGCAGAUGGACGCUCGGGAGCAGGAAGUAGCACAGCGGGACUUGGAGCCUCUGUUGUCCAGCCCUCUGGAUCUGAUCCACAGAGACCAGAGCCACAUGUCAGAGCACCAACCAUUCCAGAGAGUGUAUCCGCACCCUGGCAGGAAAAAAGUCUCCCACUCCCCCGUCCCUCUCAGCCCCAGAGGAUCCUUGGAGCAGCUGAGCAGACCACAACCCAGCAAACGCAACAGGAAGCCACCGGGUGAGUGGUGGAAGGCCACCAGCACAUCUGAAGACGCAGAGUCGUCACCGCCCGAGCUUCUACCCAGAAGGCCCAAGAAGUCCCAGGCUCGCAAGGAGCGGAAAACGGGGUCCAAACAAAGGAGAACUCCUGCAGCAGGGGGUGCUCUUGUAUCUCCGCUCGCCAAGAAGGCGCUGUGGGUCCCGAAGAGCAUCAAAUCCUCAAUGGGCACUUUUAAGAACAUUUUCUCCUCGCAUACGGAGGGCACCGUCGUACUGAGCAAUGAAGCUGCGGAUCAGAAUAAUGAAGUCCAAUCACCUGACCAUCCAACAUCCAGAAACACCCACCAGGCAACAGUCGACAUCGACGGGGGGGACUUUCAGACCACAUUUAGCAUCCUCAGAAGCGGGCCGUCAUCCAUGAUUGAUCUGGAGAUGCACAAGGACACAGGCCCUUCAUUGCCCAGGCCUGCUCCCGCCGAGCUCUCCGUGUGUGACCUGUGUGCUCCUCCCCUCAAGCCUUUCGUCCUGCAGCCCAAGGACAAAGCCAACCUGACCAGGUGGCUGGGAGUUCUGUGGUCCACCACCCUGAGAAGUAAGAAGAGUAACAAUGCGUCCAAGGUCACCCCCGACCACUUUGAUUGGUACACCCACCGUGGCAGAGUCAUGGGUGUCAUGGAGGACCUGCACUGUGGGAACAUCUCCCAUGGAAAGAUACUGCUGGGCUCCUUCAUGAGGAAACCCCUGUGGGUGGACCACAGCGCCACCACGGUUUUCAACCUGCUAACGAGCUCCGUCAACGUGGCCAUCAACUGCACGGAGUCCUGUGUGCACGCGGGGCAGUCCUUCAUGGUGCCAUGCGGCCACGCCUACAGUAUCCAGAACCUGGUGGCGCAGCCAGUAGUUCUGUGCUUUACCAGGGUGCUGGCAGAGAGUCCAGACUGAUGUAAGCAUGUCUACAGCUUGGUAGAACAAGCUGUGUUCUUAUUGAGCUCUCGUCGUACAUUUUCUGUAGCUGUGCUUGUAGUGAAUUAGCUCUGUCAAAAUGCCAAUGGAAAAUAAAAUGUCAGAUGUUGUUUAAAGUG